AGGAACCUUCUGGCACCGGCCCGAGCGGGGCGCGGGAACUUCCUCCUGCCGAGCCGCGAGCCGCGAGCUGUCAGGAGGCGGCAGCGUCUCCCCGGCUGGUGUCGGUGGGACCGCGCAGGCGGCGCCCACAGCCCGGCUCCCGCAGGAGUUGUGUGCCCCGGCUGCUCGCUCCUCGCCCGGGUGCCCCCUGGCAGGGCCUUGGCGCGGUGACAGCGCCGGCCUCGCCGCGCCCUGACAGCCCAGGUGGUCGCUGAAGUUGGAAGGAGGGCGGUCGCUAAGUCGCCUGCGGUCGCGAAGGCAGCGCUGGCGUUAGGAACGCUGGGUCAUGGACGGAACGCGGCAGCCUGCCACCGAAUGUAUCGUCCGAGGGGUUUGCUGCUAUUAACUGCUGAAGUACUGAUCGAGUUCUGCUAUUCUUCAAUGAGGAACUACAGGCUGAUCUUUUGCCAUAAUCUUAAACAACCAUAAAUGACAAAAGAAUGCUUGGUCAGUGAGGGCAGCUGGCGCAGAAAGCGUUUUUCAAACUCGGCUGUUUAAGUACUCUGAGAAAAGACAGCUUUGAUUUUUGGCUGCAAAAAGAUAUGAGGAAGAGCUCCUCCCCUUCCUUGAGUAACUGCAACUCUGUUCUUGCUAACAAAAUAUUUGGAAUUCCACUUGAUGAGCUGCAGCAAGAAGGGCAACCAGACAAUGAGGUUCCAUUCAUAGUCCGCCAUGUCGUGGACUAUAUUGAGGAACAUGGGGGUCUGGAACAAGAAGGACUUUUCCAAGUCAAUGGGAAUGCUGAGACAGUGGAGUGGCUCCGGCAACGAUAUGACAAUGGAGAGGAUGUGGACCUGGUUAAAGAAGCAGAUGUACCCUCAGCUAUUAGCCUUCUUAGAUUUUUUCUUCAAGAACUUCCAGAGCCAGUUAUUCCAGGCAGUUUGCACAUACAUUUGAUGCAACUUUCUCAAGAUUAUAAUAAUGAAGAUGAAUUUGGAAGAAAGUUGAGGUUCCUCUUGCAGCAGCUUCCACCUGUUAAUUACAGUUUGUUAAAGUUUCUGUGUAAAUUUUUAGCUAAUGUAGCAUCACAUCAUGAAGAAAUUUGGUCAGCAAGUUCUUUAGCUGCAGUCUUUGGCCCGGAUGUUUUUCACAUUUACACAGAUGUGGAGGAUCUGAAAGAACAGGAAAUAGUUAGCAGAAUAAUGGCGGGACUUCUGGAGAACUACUAUGAGUUUUUUGAAAAUGAAGAGGAAGAUUUUUCAUCUACUAAUGAUUUAAGCUCAAUAACUGAGCAGAUCAAUGAUCUCUUGGAAGAAGAGGAAGAUGUAAAGCUUGAGCAGUCAGAAGAACUUCCAGAAGACAGCACAGAGAAACCUGUUGAAAGUCCAGCUGUGGUGCAUCUAGAUAUGACAGGGAGUCUCUCAGAUUCCAGGAAUGUUACAGCAUCAACAAGUGCUCAUAUCUCUCCCAUAAGUAUCUUGCCAGCCUCUGCAGACAUUUUAGAAAGAACAAUCAGAGCAGCUGUGGAACAGCAUCUUUUCGACCUGCAGAGCAGCUUGGAUAACGAUCUGAAACACAUACAGCAACAACGACUGGGCUGUAACAAUGAAACAAAAAACCCCAGUGGGGAUGAGGAAGGAUCUAACAACCAGAAUGAUGUUAUUGAAGAUAAUGACACUGGUAGCAGUGAAAACACAGGAGACUGCUCUGAAGUAUUGGUUUGCACUGAUUUAGACAGUGAAGCUAUGAAACAUGAUACUGUAACUGAGGAAGAAGAAAGCAUCCAGAUACCAGCCCUUCCUUCUGCUGAGACUGCAGACAUAUUAUUGAAACCGUGUGAUGAAGAUGAAGAUGUUGAUGGAGAAAAUAAUAGUGAAAGGGAAAAUAGUAUAUUGCUUGAUGGCAAUGAUAGAAAAUCUUCAGAGGCAUUUCUGGAUUCAAGUAGCAAGACUUGUGAUCUGAAUGCAAACCCUGAUUCCGAGGUGCUGGGGGAUGGCAGCGAUCAUGGUCCCGAGGAGGCUCCGGCUGUCCAAGUGCCACAUCUGGAUCUGAAGAAUGUGUCUGAUGGUGACAAAUGGGAAGCGCCAUGCCCUAUCACUUUCCCCCUCAUUGAUUUCAAAACAAUGCAUCUGCAGAGAGAAGGGGAGGAUCCAUUUCCUGCUUUCAAGUCUUGGCAGGAGGACAGUGAAUCUGGAGAAGCUCAGCUUUCCCCACAGGCUGGGAGGAUGACUAAUCAUCCAUUGGAAGAGGACUGUCAUCCCAUAUUGUCACAUCGCAGUUUGGAUUUUGGGCAAAGCCAGCGUUUCUUACAUGAUCCAGAAACGUUGGACUCUUCAUCCAAAGCACUUUCUUUUGUUAGAACACGAAGAGCAUCCUUUAGCUCAAAAGAUGACAAAAGGGAAGACAAGACACCUUAUCAGCUUGUCAAGAAAUUACAGAAAAAAAUAAAGCAAUUUGAGGAACAGUUUGAAAAAGAGAAAAACAGUAAGCCCUCCUAUAGUGAUAUUGCAGCCAAUCCAAAAGUUUUAAAAUGGAUGACUGAACUUACCAAACUGAGAAAGCAAAUAAAAGAUGCAAAGCAGAGGAGCUCAGAGGGAGAAUUCAUACCUCAAACACGCCCACGAAGUAACACUCUUCCAAAAAGCUUUGGUUCCUCUCUUGACCAAGAGGAUGAAGAAAAUGAAGAUGAGAUGCGGGUUGUGCAGAAAGAGAAGAAGCCCACCAAGGAGGCUACGCUUGAACUCAUUUUGAAAAGAUUAAAGGAAAAACGAGUUGAGAGAUGUUUACCAGAAGAUAUAAAGAAAAUGACAAAGGACCAUUUGGUAGAAGAGAAGACAUCUCUCCAGAAGAGCCUCCUGUAUUAUGAAAGCCAACACGGCCGGCCGGUUACUAGAGAAGAAAGACAUAUUGUGAAGCCACUUUAUGACAGAUACAGACUUGUAAAACAAAUGUUAACUAGAGCAAGCAUUACUCCUAUUCUUGGAUCACCAUCAACCAAGAGGCGGGGGCAGAUGUUACAGCCCAUUAUUGAAGGUGAAACUGCCCAUUUUUUUGAAGAAAUUAAGGAGGAAGAGGAGGAAAGUGAUGGUUUGUGUACAGACCUGAAUGAAAUCUUAAAAACUGCUGCCCAAACACAGCCUGUUCUAAGCCCAGUUGAAAACUCUGAGUCUGAUAUUGAAGAUGGUCAAGAGAAACUCACCCGGGACCUGAGGCUCUCCAGCACCCGAGCUGCUUCUAUGCCUGAAUUAUUGGAGCAACUGUGGAAAGCCAGAGCUGAGAAAAAGAAGCUACGUAAGACAUUACGAGAAUUUGAAGAGGAGUUUUAUCAGCAGAAUGGAAGGAAUGUACAGAAAGAAGACCGGGUCCCCAUGCUGGAUGAGUACAGGGAGUACAAGAAAAUCAAAGCCAAACUGAGGCUGUUAGAAGUCCUUAUCAGCAAACAAGAUUCUUCAAAAUCAAUUUAAAUUAUGUUCCUCCAACCUGUUGAGUAACAUGCUGUUUCCAUAUACUACCCCUGUACUUAUUGGGUGCUUGUGUUCAUGUGUCAUGCACUGUUGAAAGAAUCCAGUUUGUGCACUUUACUGUGGUGCCACUAGGACGUGUGAAGGGUAAGCAGGUCCUGUCUAGAGAGCAAAUAAGGUUUCUGAGUUUGAGACUGCUCUAUCCAACUUUAGCAAACACAGUUUCCAUCGAAGUUUUGUAUUCCAGAUGCAUCCAUCCUGUUCCAAAACAACCAUAGCUUUUUUUUGUCUUUAGUAUUCAAGAACUUUGAGACUUUUGUUAUUACUAACCUUUUGCAUUGUUGAAGAAAUUAUUAAUAUUGUAAUGCUACACCGAACUAUUCCUCUUGCCUAAAAUAUCAGCAAAUUAAGGGUACAGCUCUUAAUUCUUGGAACACUUAAACAGACUGUAAUUCCUUUCAAAGGACUGCUGUGGAACAACUUUGGUUUUUUGGUAUUCUAAAUUGCACCUGUACACAGUAAUAAUUAACGUCUAUGGAUUUUGCUCAUUAGCGGUCACGUUUCCUCCUUGAUAAAGGUGACAGUGGACAGACCAGAAAGUGACCUUUUCUUAGUGGCUUUUAAACCUUGGAAAACUGAAAAGUUCAAUCACAUGCUGCCUACAGGACUCAUGUCAUUGUUGUUCAUUUGAUCCCUUUUUCGGUUGUUGUUUAUCAGCCAGUGGUGACGUAGUGUUUGGGCUGAAUUGGAUACGGCAUCUCCGCUUUCGGAAGAUUUGAGGAGCACAGUGACACUGUGGUGUUUGGGAAAUCUGCUGGUGCUCAGACUUGUGUGGCUCCACAGAAAGGAGCUGGCUUAGGACAGUUAAAAUCCCACUGUUCCUGAAAUGAGUAUGGUGUCAAGGGCUAAAAUCAGUGUAGUUAACACGCACCACAGGGAGAACCGUCGGUUUGGAGUGGGAAGAUUACUGCUGUUUAUCACGGUUUUGUUUUACAGUUGGAGAAUAAAAAUACAUUAUCUAAUCCUUACGAUGUAAGCAAAACAGUUUAUGGGCCUUGCAUGAUUUAGCUUCAGAGUUGAAUCUAAAUAAUGUUUUGAGUAUCACAUCUGCUGUGCUGAAUGAUGAUUUAGGGACUAGCUUUGCUCUGCAGCAGCCAUCCGCAGCUGUUUCUGAUCUGGCAAAAUCAAAUUGUUCAUUUCAGCUGGUGCUUUCUCAGUUGUUUUAUUUUUUUUUAAUUUCAGUGUAUCAGUUUGAUUGUGGCCAUGUUUUGCAUGCACCUACUCUCACUGCAUGUUUUUAUGACUGGCUAAUGUCAACAUAGCAAUGAUUCACUCUGCUUUAUGAAAGACCAAAAAUGAACUUUCUCACGAUGUAAGAAAUGGCUCGCAAGUAACCUCAGACUUGCUGUUCUGUCAUGAAGCAUAUGAAAUAGGUUGCAAGUAGGAUUUUUAGUGCUCAGAUUUCAUUUGUGUACUGUAGAAUACUUCCUGGUUUGUUUUACUCUGCUUGUAGGCAUGUAAUUUUGGAGUUCAGAAAAAAAAAGCACUAAAACUUUUGAGCACUGGUGGUAUGCCUUUUUUUCUUUUCUUUUUUUUUUAACUGCAAAGUGAUCUGGGACCUUAGAGAAUUAUGAGGUUAAAGUAGUCUUUGAGACCAUUUACCAAUUUUGAGUUCCAUUGUGCAAUGUACACUUCAGUUCCUUUUCUAUCAGUCUGCAGACACGGGUGUAUCCAAACAUUGAAACUAAUGUGUACUGUAUAGUGUUGUACAUGAAUGUUUGUGUUUUAUAUACCACAUGCAAAAUGUCAAUAUGCACUAUUUAAAUGUUUUAAAUAAUAUAUUCCUCCUUUAUAAUGCUUAAAUCUAUAUGAUUCCAAUAUUUUUAUAAGUGAGUGAGUGAUCAGACUGGUUCCAAUUCAGAAUUAACAGCUGCUUUGUGUUUGUUAUGCAGUGUUUGGCUGUUUAUUCAGUAUAGUAGAUAAGCAUGGCAACAGUUAUGCUGAGUGUGUUUUGUGCCAUCCUUGUUGAGCAAUAAAUAAAUGGUAGAACUAGGCAUUUUGUGAUAUAACAGUUUUACUUUGGUAAAAGCAAAACCUAUAUAUCUAUAUGGAUAUAUAGAUAUGGAAUAUAUAUAACUUAACCAGAUAUAAUUGCAUUGCUAUGUCUGGUGCUCAUUGUAUAGACUUUUAUAAUAAAAGUACCUUAACCUUUA